UAUAUGCAGCAGUCCUGUCUUGGGCCUCUUUGGACCGAAGUGCGGAGCGUCACGGACACUCAACAGCAGCAAUCGCAGGCACCUAACGCUGACGAACAAACGUUACAAAAUGGGAAACGUCCAACCAACCAUUGUGCCAUACCCUGACUUUGACGUGGUGGCUGACAUCAAAGCGAUCCGCAAAGCUUGUAAAGGACUGGGAACUGAUGAACAAGCCAUCAUUGACAUCUUAGCAUAUCGCUCUUCAGCUCAGCGUAUGGAAAUUAAACAGGCAUAUUUUGAGAAGUAUGAUGAUGAGCUGGAGGAGGUCCUGAAGAAGGAGCUGUCGGGGAGCUUUGAGAAGGCCGUAAUUGCCAUGCUGGAUCCGCCACACAUCUACGCCGCGAAAGAGCUGAGGAAGGCCAUGAAAGGAGCCGGCACUGACGAGGCUGUCCUGGUCGAGAUCCUGUGCACCGCCACGAACGUGGAGGUUUUAAGUUACAAAGAAGCCUACUUCUACGUGCAUGAGCGAGACCUGGAGGCAGAUAUCGAGGGGGAUACCAGCGGAGAUGUGAGAAGGCUGCUGGUCUCCCUCCUGCAGGGCACAAGGGAUGAGUCCUACGAGGUCGAUGAGGCUCAGGCGGAACAGGAUGCUAUCUCCCUGUUUGAGGCUGGGGAGGGUCGAUUUGGGACGGACGAGUCGACCUUCAGCUACAUACUGGCCAACAGGAACUACCUGCAGCUCCAGGCCACAUUCAAGAUCUAUGAGCAGCUGUCUGGAACUGAGAUCUUGGAUGCCAUUGACAAUGAAACUUCCGGAACGCUGAAGGACUGCUACAUCACGCUCGUGAGAUGUGCCAAGAACCCGCAGCUGUUCUUCGCUCGGCGGCUGAACGCAGCCAUGAAGGGGGCGGGGACUGACGAGGACACCCUCAUCCGCAUCAUCGUGGGUCGCUCUGAGAUUGACCUGGAGACCAUCAAGGACAUGUACCUGGAGAAGUACGACGUGUCGCUGAAGGACGCGCUGUGCUCGGAGUGCAGCGGCGACUUCAAGCGCCUCCUGCUGGCCAUCCUGCACUGAGAGACGCAGCGACCUGCGGGCGCCUCACUGUAGGGACUGUACUAACUCCACUGACAACCAGUCCUGUCCUACCAUCUGCAGACACAUGGCCUACUCUGGCAGGGGUGGCAGAGCGGAGACCUCGAACGCAGCUGACUUCUCUGAAUCACAGCUACCCAGCCCCACAUGUUAACAGGCACCAACAGGUUUUUUUUCUUAUGAGAGUAAUAUGACAAUUAACCACCAGGAAAAAUUUUUGGUUGGACACCCCAAGCAUUUAGAAGAUCGUUGGGUUAGAAUUUGCUUGAUACGUCCAAUUUAAUACUUUUCCUGGGGGUUCAUUUUCAAAGCCUUUUUUUCAACCUUUUCCAGAAAGUUUAAAAAAUAAAAAUGCAUUCACACUCCAGUUAGCUAUGCAUUAUAAUGUAACAGCUGUAAGGUAAACUACUGGUGAUUUAUAAAGAGAAAUCCGGAGUGGCAUGUCAAAUGUCGCUCAGCACAAUACUCCAUCGUAGUGCAACCUGCAGUAUAGCAUCGCUGUGGCAUGGUAAGCUCACGGCUGCUGCAUUUCACUUUUACGUUGUGGACAGUUAUUAGCAAGGUUACAUAUGAAACCACUUGAGCUGGGUUGUCGAACACAAUUCCUGGAAACUUGUGUGUUUGCUUCUUUUUCUUCCAAGCAAACCUCCUGACUUAGUUUGUCCAAUUAGAUAAUUAGCUGUAAACAUUUACUCCUGUGCAUCUCACAAAAUACGUAUCAGUCAAAUAUAUAUAUAUAGGGUGUAAGGGACAAGCAUGGUCUAAAGACUAUGCCUUCAUAUGAUGUCAUUCAUAAAAAUGUAGGAAAAAAAGAGAAGGAAGCAGAAUAAUCAAGAACAGAUGUCGGAGCAAAAACAAACCUUCUAGGAAUUGAGUUUGACAUCUGUGCUUCAGAGCAUGGACCUCUGAUUAUGAAUCACAACAACGGCAUUACAAUGAAGGAGCACUGUACUGUAUGGAUCAUUACUGAACACAUUAUCACGGGUUUACAGCUUUCUCUUUAGAAAUCAAGUGUCCGGCCAGAUGGACUGUAGCUCUCUAAGUGCCAGUCUCCACCACCUAUGCACAUCAUUAACAAAAAAACAUCUUGAUUUGUUCUGCAAUUCUGUCUGUCUGCUGUGAACAUGCAGCUCGUCUGCUGGCAAACAAAAAUGUGAAGGAAUGUCUUUCAACAAUGCUAAACCAAAAAAAAAAAAAUCCCAAGAUGCUGUCCGGGUUCAUAAGGUGUGGAGAAAACCGCUCACAAUCGCAGUUCCCCGUGUGUUACAUCAGCAAUCAUAUACCCUACAAUCAUUUAUGUGUAAGAAACCAAAACACUGCCAUCUUUCAUGCUUUGAUGUGUCUCCAACAGGGCAGAAAAAUAUCUGCCUCACUAAGAAACAUGGAUAACUUGUCAGUUUUUUUUUAAUUUUUCUAUAAAAAAAACUAACACCAAAUAGCAUAUGUAUUAAACACAUUACUUGUUCGUAGUGAUGCUGCGUCAAAGAUUAAUAUGUGUUUUAAUGUUGUCUGGAGAUAGAAACAUACGCAGGCACCAGUUAUAGAGUGUCCAUUGAGAAAAUGAAUUUUAGAGAAGUAUAUGGGAAACAGGGCGUAUUGGAUUGGAUCUGACUCUUUGUGGCAUUUCAAACUUUCAUUUGUGUGUCCCAUUUUGGCAGCUGUGUUUUUAAUGUGUCUUUCUCAAAGGGUUUUAUUACCCAGCGUUUUAAUGACCUGCCUCUCAGCUGAAUGUCUCGCCUUGACAUUUGUAACAAUUUUUUUGCAGUGUGAAGGCUGCUGAUAUGAAUUCCGGCCAGGGAAAAUGUCACCCUGCUGAACAAUAAAAAAAAAAUGUUGGGACCAGGACACUUUUAACAGUAAUUAAUAUGGAGUCGACGGGACCAGUCUUUAUUCACUAUAGCUUCUGUGUAUGAGAAUGCACCUAUGCAUUAAUAAAAAAUUCUAAAAAAAAAA